ACAAACCGGCUCUCUGUUAACUCAGGAGGGUGGUGAAGGGCAGAGAGCCGCAGACAGGCGUCCGUGUGGCAUCUGUGGCUGUGCUUUAAAGCGUGAGGGGUCAGAGGUCACGCAGCUUUAGGCUCAGAUCGGUUCAUCUUCCAUCCUGCCUUCAGACUGUAACCUGAGGGUGGACAAGACUGAAUGGACACAACAUGGGGUCAGAUGAAGCCUACAACUUUGUCUUUAAGGUGGUUCUAAUUGGAGAAUCUGGUGUCGGAAAGAGCAACCUGCUGUCCCGCUUCACUAAAAACGAGUUCAACCACGACAGUCGCACAACCAUCGGGGUGGAGUUCAGCACGCGGACCGUGCAGCUCAACGGCUUCACCAUCAAGGCCCAGAUCUGGGACACGGCAGGCCUGGAGCGAUACAGAGCCAUCACUUCUGCAUAUUACAGAGGAGCCGUCGGAGCCCUGCUGGUCUUUGACAUCACCAAACACCUGACCUACGAGAGCGUGGAGCGCUGGCUGAAGGAGCUGUACGAACACGCCGACCCCCACAUCGUGGUGAUGCUGGUGGGCAACAAGUCCGACCUGGAGUCCGAGAGAUCCGUGCCCAUGGAGGAGGCUAAAGACUUCGCAGAAAAGAAGGGCUUGUUGUUUCUGGAGACCUCCGCCUUGCAGUCAACCAAUGUGGAAGCAGCAUUCAGCAGGGUCUUAGCAGAGAUUCACAAGAAGGUGAGCAGCAAGGAAGUGGUCCGGGGCUCCAUCAGCGCCGUGACUCUGAACAGCUCCAGAGCAGAAAACUCGGAGGAGAAAAAACCCUGCUGCAGGAACAUCUGAUCACAUCUUCGCCUGGGGGAGGCCCCGGGGCCAGGGACCCAUCCAUCAGCAACACGGACGUGGAAUCUGACAAGAGACGGGCAAAAAGGCAACCUCUGGUGCCAACACAAACGGACGAGUGGUGCCGGUUUAAAGUGACAGAGCUCUGAGUUUGCAGAAGAUGUGAGCUGAAAACCAACAGGUUUCUUAAAAAAAAAAAAAACCUGCUCCUUUCUGAACAAAGGUCAAAACUAAACCUAAACUUCCAACUAUGAGUUUAUUUUUAAUUUAUGUUAAAAUGUUGAAGCAUCAUGUUUCCAAUGGUACCUGCUUGAUUAAAGGUUUUUAUUAAAAUCAGCUGCUUCGUGAGUCUUGGCCU